AUCAGAUAGACAUCUGCCCUUAAAGCGAUCACAGCUAAAUCGAGACUGCCUGAUUACUUUGGCUCGUUGUGAAACACAUUGAUCAGUACGCUCCUUCUUGUUUCGCUGCUUGCCCUUCAACUGGCUAAAAAAACAUGAAAGCAGAGAAACCUGGAAACUGGCACGACAUUGCCUUUCGCUUAUCAGCUCUUUGCGGAGGAUUUGAGAAAUACGACAUCCUGGAAGACAUGGGAUUUAGCGCCCGGAAUCGAAGGAAACUUUCCCAAGGAACAGAGCAAAGACCACAUCUAGAAAACUUGAUACGAAGAGGUUCUCUUACGGAGACACAAGCGGAAGAAACUCUAAUUUCAACGGCAUCUGACUCUGAACUUCGACAGUCAACGAAUAAUCCAACCCACGGUUACAAAAGAUCAUUAAGUGGUGGUUUAAUAACUAUCAAGAAAGACUCUGCGAAGACGAAGAUGAUCAGAGCGCCCAAAUCGCAUUCACUCGAGUUAGAUGUAUCAUCGUUUGACUUCAGCGAACUACGAAGUUCAAGUUUAUGUUCCACAGAGUUGUGACAAUGUGUAGAACGCAGCUGAUCUUUUAAGACAGCUAAGUUGAUCAUGGACAAAAGCGAACAAAGUUUUACCUAUUUAUGCUAGUCUGUAAAGUGUUUGUAAAUAUUAUAGAAUCCGCGCAAAAUCACUGCGCGGAGCCGAGUUGUAUAAAUUCGAAGUUAUGAAUCAUUUUAAGGAUCUAAUGGUGGUUUAUCUUUGAGAUGCCUUAACUCAAAGCCGAAAGAACAUAGAAUUCAUUCUAACUUAUAUCGAGUAUAACGUAUAUCGUCCGUAGUUAAAAUUUCAAGUAUUAAAAGUGUUCAAACGUAUUGAUUGCAAA